UUGCUGCUCUCAUCGCGCCAGUUGAUGUUGCGGGGCUCACGCUUCUCGAUAUUGCUGCUCUCAUCGCGCCAGUUGAUGUUGCGCGGCUCACGCUUCUCGAUAUUGCUGCUCUCAUCGCGCCAGUUGAUGUUGCGGGGCUCACGUUUCCAAUUCCCAAUGUUGCGAGGUUCACGGGCCUCCACGUCGCGCUUAACUUUGAUGAUUGGCUCGCGGGUCUCGACUUGAACGCUGGCCAACGCGCUGGUGACGGAGAGGGCGAGGAGGAGGAUGGUGCUGGUGAGCUUCAUGGCUGCGUUGUUUGGUUGAGAGGAAGAUGUGAUGUUGUUGGGAGUGCUGUUGAGAUGGAGGAGAGGAGGGAUGUCGGAUCGAUGCGCUGGCUUUUAUGCACUUUUCGGUGAAGUUGCUUGCUAUCUCACGGGUCGUGGGGCUUUUCACGCGUCGGGAAAGAAGGGAAAGGUCUGCUCUUGUGUUGCAGGCCAGAGCGCUAGCUGCCGUAUCCCGAAUCAGGGUUGCCGCCAGGGUUUGCGAUCCAGGAAUAGGUCCAACACAACCUCAACCGCAACCUAGCUGUUUUCGGAAUCAUACCCGGAUGCAGACACAAAUAAUCCUGUUGGACAUACUCCCAGAAUAGCAGUUGUUCUUAGCUCGACAAAAACUUUAUAUUGUG